CAACGUGUUUACAUGUAUUGGGGUUAUUUCAGGGCCAAUGUUUUACGAGAAGCAUAAAUACUGAUUAUUUAACACUUUUAUGCUAUAAAUAGGACAAUUCUUGGUUUGCUAUGAUCUUUUCCAGGUGACUAAGUCUAUCUGCAGCAAUUUCAAGUCUUCUUCAUUUGUUCUACGUGAGAUGGCAAGUGUAAAUUCUGCAGAAUUUUCAGAGUGUAAGCCUAUCAUCCAUUCACCGGUGAGUCGGUCAUGCCACCAGGAGGCCAUGUCCAAACACAAGAGCACGGACUCACAGCCCAUCUCCAGCAGUGGGAACAGUGGUAGCAGUAGUAAGGCUAGUAACAACCAGUUUGCUAGCAGCCCUCGCUCCGCUACCAGCCCAUCCCCUUCUCCUUCCUCGACUUCAAUUUUGAAGAAGAAGAGAGCAGACUUUAGAUUUGGAACCAUCUUGGGGGAAGGAUCGUAUUCAGAGGUUGUACUAGCUACAGAAAUAGCAACUGGCAACCAAUAUGCAAUCAAAGUACUUGAAAAGAGGCAUAUUAUACGAGAGAAGAAGGAGAAGUAUGUUCUAAGAGAGAAGGAAGUGCUGAGCAGACUAGAUCAUCCAUUCUUUGUCAGACUCUACUUCACCUUCCAAGAUAACUAUAAGCUGUACUUUGGUUUGAGUUUAGCCAAACGUGGGGAGCUCCUACCUUACAUCAAGAAACUGGGUUCAUUUGACGAGAGCUCAUCAAGAUUCUACACCUCAGAAAUCAUCUUAGCUCUGGAAUACCUCCACAGCAUGGGCAUCAUUCACAGAGAUUUGAAACCAGAAAACAUUCUCCUCAACGAAAAGAUGCACAUACAAAUCACAGACUUUGGAACAGCCAAGAUUAUAGGUGCAGAUGAUAAAAAGGAAGGACAGCCUCGUGCAAAAUCAUUUGUUGGUACUGCGCAAUACGUCUCCCCAGAGCUUCUCACUGAAAAAUCUGCAACAAAAAGUUCGGACCUCUGGGCUCUUGGAUGCAUAGUUUAUCAAUUACAAGCAGGUCUACCUCCAUUUAGAGCAAGCAAUGAGUACAUGAUAUUCCAGAAGAUUAUUAAGUUAGAGUAUGACUUUCCAGAUGGCUUCUCACAAACAGCCCGGGACUUGGUCUCAAAACUUCUUGUGAUUGAUCCAAGCAAGCGAUUAGGUUGUGAUGAGUGUGGCGGAUACCCUGCAUUAAAGGCACAUCCAUUCUUAGAAGGUGUUGACUGGGAGAAUCUUCAUGAGCAGAAGGCACCUGUACUCAAGCCAUGCACGGUGGUGGAUGGGGAAGAGAUCCACAGCGAAUACUACGUGGACGACUUUGACUUGGAGUUGAACCCCACCAGCUUGAGUGAGUACCUGAAGAGGAUCGAGACGCACGACCGCCCCCACAGCCCUACCAGGGAUAACAAGUAUGUGGUGGAUCUCACCCCCGCAGAGCGCAAGCAGAGAUUGGAGAGGCAGGGGAAGGAGAAUAAAUGGCAUCGGUUUGUGGAAGGCAAUCUCAUACUCAAGAAUGGAUGGGUGGACAAGAGGAAGGGUCUGUUUGCCAGGAGGAGAAUGUUACUACUAACGGAAGGCCCACACUUGUAUUAUGUAGAUCCUGAAAACAUGGUUCUCAAGGGAGAGAUACCAUGGUCACCGCAACUGAAAGUAGAAGCCAAGAAUUUCAAGACAUAUUUUGUGCAUACACCAAAUCGGACAUACUACCUUAUUGACCCAGAGAGUGAUGCGGUUGAAUGGUGUCAAGCAAUCAAGGAGAUGUACAGACAUACAUACCAAAAGUCUAUUUAAUCUAUCACCAUAUCCUGACUACCUGCCCUGUACUAUGGGUCAGUGGUGGAUUCCCUUCGCUUUGUCCGAGUCCAUCGAUCGAUUCAUGUGAUGAUUGCAAUUGUAUGUAUACUUCUUAUCAUAAAAAUGUUAUUUAUGAGGUGACCUGACCAGGACGUUUUCAGGCAGUCAAGUUUGUUGGUGAGAGAUUGGGCGUGGUGGUGUCAUCGUACAUGUAGAUCCAUCAGCCUGUUGAAGAUGUACAGAUUAGAAGGUUAGGUUGAGGAUUUGUUUCCAGAUUCCGGGUACAUUUACCUCACAGAUGGAGACUGGUAGCUGGAAUAGGGCGUGGCAUCAGAUACAGAUGAGGACAAGACAUCACGUUCACCGCUUGAAAUAUCCAUACCCAUGAUAUCAUAUACAUGAAUAUGUUUUACAGCUGCUUAAAAUACGAUGAGAACACUUUUCGUAUCAUUCAAAUAGUGAUAAAUUUGAUGUGUAGUACAUUUAGCCACAAUGUUUUCCCAUUUCGACCAUC